AUGCCACCUUCAGACCAAGAGGACUUCCCCAUCAGGCCUAAUCUCAGCAAAGGGCUUCGUCUUUUUUUCUACUCGCAGUUCUUCAUCACUCCUGAGCGCCCAACCCACUCCUUCCCCAACCAAACCGUGAUAGUCACCGGCGCAAACUCAGGACUGGGCCUUGAAGCCGCUGGACAUUUCUACAGGCUCCACUGCGGCCGAUUGAUCCUCGCUGUCCGUACGAUCGCCAAAGGUCAAGAAGCUAAGGAGUACAUUUUGCGGAAUAAUCCGCAGCGCUCAGACCCGAAUGCAAUUGAGAUCUGGCCCCUCGAUCUCUCAAGCACCGCAUCUACGCUAGCAUUCUCUGAUCGUGCGAAAGGGCUGCCGCGCUUGGACGUUUUGGUGAACAACGCUGGCAUCAAUACGCCCGAAUGGAAACUUUACGAGGGCUAUGAGCAGGCCGUUCAGAUCAACGUCCUUAACACGUUUUUACUGGCACUUGUUUUAUUGCCUAAGCUAGAGGAGAGUUUUGCCCUAACGGAGGAGUCACCACAUCUGGUGAUUGUGAGCUCUGAAGCGCAUCGGUUGACCAAGUUUCCGGAGAUUAAUGCGCCUGAUCUAUAUGCAAAGCUUAAUGAUCAGAGCAGCUUCAGUCAACAACCAAGGUGGGUUUUCUUUUGGGGAAACUUAAGACGGUACUUUCCCGUGAAGGAAACUAGUGUUGCUAACGUCAGCCUGAUACUUUGUUACAGAUACCAAGCAACAAAGCUUAUGGAAGUGCUCUUCACUCGGGAGCUCGUCGCUCGUCUCGGUUCAUUCACCCGCGUUAUCAUCAAUCUCGUCAACCCUGGACUGUGUAUUUCCAAUCUAGAUCGCAACAACGGUAGCCCCGUGAUGAAAUUAGUACGGCGCAUAUUGGAUCGCACUACUGAGGUUGGUAGCCGCACUCUAGUUCUCGCUGCAUCAGCCCCCGCUAGCUCACACGGUGAGUUUCAAAGUGAUGGAGCGAACCAGGAUGUGGAGGCGUGGAUCUAUACGGAGGUUGGACAGGAGGCACAGAAGAAGGUGUUUGAGCAGACGAUGCAUAUCCUAGAGGCAAGGAAACCAGGUAUUGCGGCAAUUUUCAGAGAUGAACAGACGAUUUUUUGA